CGCACUCACUUGGUGCCAGGUGUGUUUUAAGCACCUUGUUCCAGCAGCCAACCAGUGUAUUACAAGUGAGUCCAGCGACUUAAUCAUUACGCCAUCUGCUGGUCCCAACUCUGUAUGUUUUAAAUCUUUUUAACUUGUAGACUCGUUUAUACAGAUUAAAAACAAAACCAAAACCAAAAUACGUCUUCGAUAAAUACACUCCUAUUUUGCACCAAAGGCCAUGCAUAGACCUCAGAUUUAGAACUCCAAUUUUAAAAUUGCUUCUCCAAGCCUCACUCGCAAAUACUACUACAUCAGUUUAUACAGAAAGAAAGAGAGAGAGAAAGGAAGAGAGAAAGAAAGAAACAAAAACGCAAAGUAUAGGCUUGGGUUCCAGUUGUGUAAAAAUGACCUUUUAGGCUUUCACCAACUUCUCGAGUGGUUCAAUGCUUUCACGAAAGACUUUGCUCCCUAUCGAUGACCGACCAAGGCAAAUGUCGCUCUCAGCUGCUACGGGCUGAAAGUCGAAAGCUUUACAAGUAGUCGAGUAGUUCUGCCAAAGUGUCCCGCAAUCAGAAAGAGCCAGGAAGACGCCCCCUUUCUUCAAAAGCACCAGGACCCAGAGGGGCGCCCAGGAUUCCCGGGAAAACAUCGCUAGUGACAGCAGCCCAAUCGCAAACAGCUGUCAGAUACUGAAAGUCCCUAGUAACAGUUAUUCGGUAUGUUUCCACUGGCCGAGGAAAACAAGCAUGUGGCCCGAAUGCUGCUCAGCACUGGCACCUGUCCAAGAUGUAUCUUCAGAUUCUGCGGUGUGGGUGUUCACGCACCCUACAAACUUCCACACAAGGAGUUACUCAGUGAACUGCAGAAGUUUCUGGAAACUGAAAAAGAUGAAUUAAUUUUGGAAGUUCCAAAUCCACCUUCCAAGAAGAUCCGACUGCAAGAACUGGAAGAUGGGGUUGAUAAUCUGAGUGAAAAUGGCGAGGGAAAGGUCUCCAUGAUUGAAGAUGGAAGCAUUACUUCCGGGAACUCAAAUUUAAAUGUAUGCAAUAUAUGUCUAGGGAUUCUUCAAGAAUUCUGUGAAAAAGAAUUCAUUAAAAAGGUGUGCCAAAAGGUUGAGGCCUCUGGGUUCGAAUUCACCAACUUGGUAUUUUCAGUCUCCUUCCCACCACAGCUAUCUGUAAGAGAGCAUGCUGCAUGGUUGCUGGUAAAACAGGAAAUGGGAAAGCAGAGUCUGUCGCUGGGAAGAAAUGAUAUAGUUCAGCUAAAAGAAGCCUACAAAUGGAUAACUCAUCCCCUGUUUUCAGAGGAACUGGGUGUUCCCAUUGAUGGAAAGAGCUUGUUUGAAGUGAGUGUGGUCUUUGCUCACCCAGAAACAGUUGAGGAUUGCCACUUCCUAGGUACAAUAUGUCCAGAUUGUUUCAAGCCAGCCAAAAACAAACAGUCGGUAUUCACUAGAAUGGCAGUAAUGAAAGCUCUGAAUAAGAUAAGAGAAGAGGAUUUCCGCAAGCAGUUUCCUUGUCCUCCAAACUCACCAAAGGCUGUAUGCACUGUUCUUGAAAUUGAAUGUGCUCAUGGUGCUGUUUUUGUGGCUGGGAGAUAUAAUAAAUACUCCAGGAAUCUGCCUCAAACUCCUUGGAUAAUUGAUGGAGAAAGGAAGCUGGAAUCUUCAGUGGAAGAAUUAAUUUCAGAUCAUCUGUUGACAGUAUUCAAAGCAGAGAGUUUUAAUUUUUCAUCCUCUGGAAGAGAAGAUGUAGAUGUGAGGACAUUAGGAAAUGGAAGGCCCUUUGCAAUUGAGCUGGUGAAUCCUCAUAGAGUACAUUUCACUUCACAAGAAAUUAAGGAACUUCAGCAGAAAAUUAAUAUGUCAUCUAACAAAAUCCAAGUACGAGACUUGCAGCUUGUCACAAGAGAGGCAAUAGGACAUAUGAAAGAAGGUGAAGAGGAAAAGACCAAGACGUAUAGUGCCUUAAUAUGGACAAAUAAAGCAAUACAGAAGGAAGACAUCGAAUUCCUAAAUGGCAUAAAGGACUUAAAGAUCGACCAGAAAACACCUCUCCGGGUGCUUCAUCGAAGGCCCCUGGCUGUGAGAACUCGGGUCAUUCACUCCAUGGAGACACACUACGUGGAUGAGCACCAUUUCCGCCUCUGUCUGAAAACUCAAGCUGGGACCUACAUUAAAGAGUUUGUACAUGGAGACUUUGGGAGAACCAAGCCAAAUGUUGGCUCUCUGAUGAACAUGACAGCAGACAUACUUGAGCUGGACGUUGAGUCUGUAGACGUCGACUGGCCACCCGUUCUGGAUGACUAGCUUUCAGAUGUGGAGACCAAGAGUAGGGUUUUCCCGGCUUUGUGUGGACACCAUGCAGCUUCCACUCUACAAUGGCUGUGUACUCGCCAUACUAGUGUCUUGGAAAUAAUUUGGAUCAUGUUGAUCUAGUUUUGAAUUUGUUGUAACAUCUCAGGAUCUAUAUAUGUGUAUACUGUAUGGUAAAUUGUUACAAGGAUAUCUUAUGAUUUUUCUCAUUCCCUCUCUUACCCCUACAAAUCAAAUGAUAAGUAAUGAAAUCAUUCUCCCUCUUAAUUCUCUGAUCUAGAGAGGGAAGCAAAGAGGACACAUUCUCUGUUAAUAUGAGAAGCUGUCAUUUCUUCAAGAUUUCCCUUCACAAGAGGCACAUCACCUUUAAAAUCAUGUUCUAAAUUUCUUUAAUUACUUGAAUAAAAUUUAUUUAGAUUUAUGCA